UAGCCGCAUCAUCGAAAGGCGCAUCUUGCCUGCUUCUCGAGACCGUUCAGACCGUCAAUCCAUAGAAACCUCGAUACGCAUAGAAACAUCCUUGGCGGCCUCAUCAGAUGGUAGCUGCAGUGACCAUGGCGAACAAGCCGCCCUCACCGCCCACUGCUGCCCCUCAGGCGCCUGUCAUCGCAUCAAAAGUCAAGAGACGAGCCUCGUUCGACGCUUCGGGCUCCAAGCCCUACUCACAAAGGACCGGCUUCAGUGUAUCUGCUCAGCCGAAUCAGAAGCCUACACCCAGUGCAGCCAAGGCGGAGACGACCGAGCCAGCCGAGCUGUCGGACGAGAGCGACGUUCCCGCAAGUACGGGCAUGUUAGCAAAAGCGGCGGAUGAAGUAGCGAUCAAGCGCAAGCAACAAGCAGAGGCAGCCGCUGCAACGGCGACUGCUUCGAAGCCCAAAAACGGCCGGGAAGAGUCAGAUUCAGCCUCUGUCUCGUCCGUCGAAUCUCACGAGUCGAGCUCGGCCGGGUCAGUCUAUGGCUGCUCUGCCGAUGAUUCGUCGGACGAUCACAGAGCGGAAGUGUCAUCAGUGUCAUCUGUUGAUGAUGAAGCCUUACCGUCUGUCAUGUCCAAGCUUGACGAUGCCGAGAAAGCCAGCGGACUGAACGGACAUCGCGCUUCUGCGUCAUCUGCAUCCAUCGACAGCUCUUUCUCUAGUACGCCGACAGUCACGGCCGGCGCCAGUCCGAACGCAUCGAACCAGUCGUCGCCUACAGCAUCCCCCAGGCAAACGUCGGGCCAACUGAAGCCUCAAAAUUCGACUGUGCAGUACACCUCUGCUUCCUCCACUGCAGGUUAUUCUGCCGGCGCGACCACCUCGGGUGGCAUCGUCGUUCCCGCCUAUCCCUACAAUGUCUCGAUGCCCUACAUGCCAGGCUCGACCGUGUCUCACGCGUACCAUUACAACAAUUCGCGCGAUGGCUCUCCCUCUUCCUCGGACGCGGGCUCGCAUAACGCUAGCCGGGAGACUUCAUCGAAUGGCCAACCAGGAGGGCCGCAAACUCCCCUGAAUGACGAUUCGGAGAUUCAGACUCGUCUGCCGAGCAUCUGCGUGGAUUAUCUCUCACACCAGUGGGAUGAGACGGAUGUCUGGGCGAGCUGGAAGGCCAUGACCAAACAUAAGAACGAGAUCGUCAAUGGCGUCAGGCUCGAGAAUGCGAGUUGGCGUACAUGGGCCAAACAGCGCAACAAGUUGAAAACGAUCAGUCCAGAAACGCUCAAUUGGCUGAAGGACAGUGACGUCACUUGGCUCUAUGGGCCUUUGCACACCGGCGUCGACCCUGUGCCGCCGCCCAAAGCUGCUACCCUCGGCGAUCGUCUGGGACUCGAAAGUACAGCGGCGUCUAGCCUAUCGAGCGAUGGAUCGGAUAACACAGAGAAAGCUCCUCUUAGCGUUCGGGGCGCUUCAACUGCCAGGGCGAAGAAGCCCAUUCUCAAGUACAGAUCACUGUCUGAUAUCCUUAAUCUGCCCUCGUCGCCGGGCCCUGUGCUUGGCUCGUCUGCCACUGAUGGCGACUAUCUUACUCGCGGUGCUGCAUCUACAGACGCUCCUGCUGGUCCGGGCGUCCCAUACGCUGCCAAUCUGCGCAAAACUGCGGUAGCGGGCGCAAGUAUCUUAUCGCCUGCAACCUCGACGGCAAUACGCUUCAGCAGUCCUGAGGUCUCCGAUGACGGCGAAUCUACGCCACACGCGGGCGGCAGUCAGUCCAGUCGAAGGAACAGCAAAGAUUCUAAACCCAAGAAGCACAUCUCGUUCAAUCAUCGGGUCGAACAGUGUAUAGCAGUCGAUCAGCAGGACGAUCAAGAUCCACACUAUCGUCGGCAGCAGCGUCUGAGCAAUCUGCACCAUCGCUUCAUCGACGAAGAGGAGGAAGCAGAGGGCGACGAGGACGACGAAGAUGAUGACGAGGAUGACGUUUUGACGUUCAAGUCGAGUCCCCGCUCGGCGACUUUUGCGCCACUGCAGACGCUAGAGCAUCACACCAUCGCAAAGCUAGCGCCGACGACACUCAAGUCAUCAGAAGAGCUGCCCGCUCCUAGUCCUAUCGUAAUCUAUUCGACUGAUGAGGAGCAUUCAUCUCCGGAGCCCGAUAGCGCGACAGAUCUCGUCGGCACUUCCAAACGCACCCAAGCGAGCUACAUCGCGACAACGCGUCCGACUGCUCAAGACUCGGCCACUCAGUCCACUGACGUCGAGACGGAAGAGACCGUCGCGUCGCCUUCGCUUGGUAAUUCGGUCGUUGGCGACGGGUAUGGCGUAGGCGAAGUCAGUAACGACUCUUCGCUGCCAGUGCGCACUUCCUCGUCAUCAUCGCUCUCUUCGCAAGGAUCUCGCAGGCGUAGUCGAGGCAGUGCGGGCAAUAGUCCGAGCUCCUCCGGCGCAAAUUCACCUUACAAUGCUGGCUCCCGCGAGAAUUUGGAUUCGUACAGUAGAAGUCCUUCGGGAUCCGGCACGCCAACGCCAGUCAGCAAUUCCCCUAGUCAGUCGCCGCCAAAUGUGAAUACACUCCUCUCGCGCGGUCGCUCGACUUCACGAGGCUCUUCAGCUUCGCUCGAUCGCUCAGCCUCUAUAGACCGCAGGUCAGCAGCAUCACCGGUUUCGUACUCUCCCUCGGAUCUGUCAGGCUCGCGUCCAAUAGAGAUUCCUCGCGGUCGAACACCGCGUAGCAGGCAAAGCAGCAGCGAGGCUGGCACUUCACUUGGAAGCUAUUCGGAUGCGGACACUUUGCGUGCGAGCUCUAGCCCGCGAUCGCCUGGCUCCGGUAGCAGCAGCGGCAGCUUUGGCGGACGAUCGCCGCGCUCCGAGACUGCGAACGCAAAGAAAGGCCCGAGCUCAUCGGUGAGCACGAUCAUCCCGGCGCCUAUUGCCAUUGCGAAGCCUACUAUCAGCAGAGGCUUCCGACCACCCUCAGAAGUCGGUUCAGAUGACGAUGAUGACGAUCGCUAUCUUUUCGAUUCGCCUGCAAUACCGUCUUCGCCGUCGAUUCAGGCGGCUGAUCGCAACUCUUCCUUCUCAAAGCUCAGCUUCCUCAGAUGGGCUGAUGAGCCGAGCGGCGCGAAGACCUCUGCUGCUCGUCGGGCGCUUCUCCGCACGGCUGCUGGACGGCUAAUAGGAGCAAAUCCCGACGGCACAACGACGGUUGCACAGCUCGACGAUGGUGUCAGUUCGGUCACCUAUGGCGCAGAUCUGUCUGCUGCGCGAACAGACGAUUAUGGCUUCGGCUACGACGAAUACGAUGACGAUCAAAGCUCAGUCUUUGGUCGGACGGUCGAGAUUGCGACAACUGCACGAGAUCUGGUGGGCGCAUUGUGGAAUGUUGGUUCGAGCGUAAUAUGGAGAAGGGGCGAAACGGCACCUCAAGAUGGCAAUGAGCAAGAGCAUCGUUAAGGCUCUCACUUGUACUUUAUCUGUAGAGCCCAAGAGC